AUGGACAACAAGCUGGAUGUUUACAGGAGGGAGUUAGUGGAUGUUCAGGGUAUCCCUCUCUUCUGGUGCAUUGCUGAGGAGUGGUCCCAGGUGGAGUCAUUUGAAAGCCGACCAGAUGACCUUUUGAUCGCCACCUAUCCCAAAUCUGGGACAACCUGGGUCAGUGAAAUAGUGGAUUUGAUCUAUAACAAUGGGGAUACAGAGAAAUGUAAACGGGAUGCAAUAUACAACCGAGUGCCAUUCAUGGAACUUAUAGUUCCUGGAAUCGAAAAUGGCAUUGAGGACUUGAAAAAAAUGCAGUCUCCUCGAUUAGUGAAAACACACUUGCCUGUUCAACUUCUUCCUUUUUCAUUUUGGAAGAAUAACUGCAAGAUGAUCUAUGUGGCAAGGAAUGCUAAAGAUGUGGCUGUGUCCUAUUAUUAUUUCUACCAAAUGGCAAAAUUGCACCCAGAGCCUGGUACCUGGGAGGAGUUUCUGGGUAAAUUCAUGACUGGGAAGGUGGCUUUUGGCUCUUGGUAUGACCAUGUGAAGGGCUGGUGGGAGAAAAAGAAAGAUUAUCGUAUCCUCUAUCUAUUCUACGAAGACAUGAAAGAGAAUCCAAAGCGUGAAAUUCAGAAGUUGUUGAAAUUUCUAGAUAAAAACCUUUCAGAAGAAACUGUGAAUAAAAUCAUCUAUCAUACUUCUUUUGAUGUGAUGAAGCAAAAUCCCUGUGCAAAUUAUACUACUGUACCAACAUUUGAUAUGGAUCAUUCUGUGUCGCCCUUCAUGAGAAAAGGUAUUGCAGGAGACUGGAAGAAUAAGUUCACUGUAGCUCAAUAUGAGCAGUUUGAAGAUGAUUAUAAAAAGAAAAUGAAAGGGUCUACAUUGCAGUUUCGUUCAGAGAUCUAG